UGUCUGUGAUUUCAGGCUUACAUGAAGAUCUACCAGGGAGAAGAGCUUCCUCACCCCAAGUCCAUGCUGCAGGCAACAGCUGAAGCCAACAACCUUGCAGCUGUAGCAGGAGCCAAAGACUUGUACAACAAAAGCAUGGAGCAGGUCUGCGGCGGCGACAAACCCUACAUUUCCCCGACGGAGCUGGAGCGGCGCCACGCGGAGCUGCGGCAGGCGUCGGUGAAGCAGUUCCGCUCCGUCAAGAAGAUGGGCGGCGAGGAUUUCUGCCGGCGCUACCAGGAGCAGCUGGAGGCGGAGCUCGACGAGGCCUACGCCAACUUCGGCAAGCACAACGACGGCAAGAACAUCUUCUACGCGGCGCGGACGCCCGCCACGCUGUUCGCGGUCAUGUUCGUCAUGUACGUGGUGUCGCUGGUCACGGGCUUCGUGGGCAUCAACUCCGUGGCCACGCUGUGUAACCUGGUGAUGGGCGUGGCUCUGACGGCGCUCUGCAUCUGGGCUUACGCCAAAUACUCCGGGGAGUUCCGCGAGGUCGGAGGAGUCAUCGACCAGGUGGCCGAAACCCUCUGGGAACAGAGGACUCCACGGAAGAUCUUCUCCAAACUCUUCGAAGUGGCUCGGAGUCGAAUCCCGUUGGGAAGCCUGAUCCCGGCGCCGCGGCCCCGGCUCGCCUCAAACAACAACGUGAAGAAGAAAAACUAGCGGCACGUCACUCUUACCCCCCCCCCCCCUCCUCACACCACCACCUCCUCCCUCUGCGGCGUUUGGAAACGGCGUUUUUAGGACGGUUUGAUGGUGUAAAUCACUUUCUGUUCUGACUGUAGAAGGUUACCUCGCCGUGCCGGCUGUAGACCCGGAUGAAGCAGUGAUGUAUUUUAUUAGUUGUCAGCGGGCGGGGUUACGGUAUUUAUUGGUGGGCGGGGCCAUUAGUCUAUCACUCGAGUGUCGUCACAGGUGUGCGUUCACCUGCCGGCUGACGGCGACGACUCGACAUUAUUGAUUCCCGUUUUAUGUGAAUGUAUGAAUGAAGAGCAUGACCACAGACCCUCCUCACGGCUCUCCUCCUCCUCCCGUCGACUCCGUCACGAGGAGGAGGAGGAGGCGGAGUCACAACCAAAGUUUACAGCUUUACCUGACUGAGGCGCUCAGACUGAGCGGACUGACAAACGGGCACGACGCCGUUGGGAGCGAACGGUUUCAGGGACUUUUCACGGUUACCCAGAAUCACAAACGCAUGGACGGCCUGCGAACGGGUUAGCUUAGCUUCAAGCCUGCCGGAGGCACAAAUCUGAAAAACAAACGCACGGGCAUUUAGAUUCGUUCUGGAACACGUCUGUGUUUAAAGAUUUUUAGAAUAUUUACCACAGCGAGUCUGCGGAAAUGUCUGACCAAGAUAAAGUAAACGUGUGAGAUCAUAAAAACUCCCUGCUGCUGGAUAUCACGCUAAAAUGAACGUUUACUUCCCCUCCUCCAAAGAGACGUCUGUGUGACCAAAUCAGAGUUGUUAGCUUAGCAUUACUUGGUUUUCAUGAGCAGUUAACAGAUGAUUUUAUUAUUUUAAAAACAGUUUUUAAAUAAAACACAAUAACCAAACAAACAUCAGGGACGUAAAGAAACGAGACGGUUCCUGAUGACGCUGAUCCAGCAGAGAGAACCUGGGCUGCAAUCAGUCAGUAACAAAUAAAAAGACAGGAUUCAUGUGUUUUUUAAAAGUUAUCUCCGUGUUGCCGCUCCUAACGAGGCGUCCAUGCGUUUGUCUCGACUCGGGGGGGCGGAAAUAGAGCUGAAAGUAAAAUAAACUGAAUUUCCUCCAAACCAGUCGAAGCUAAGAGCGUCUGUAGUCUGUGUGAUUUUUAGACCACUUAAUAAUUUAAUUUUUAUCUUUAUUAUCCGUAAUGAUGUGAUCAUGACUUUCAGUAUUGCCCCUCUUCUUCAGACCGACCUCGUUUAAAGUCCAGAGCUGGAACCCCGGGGGGGCGACGAGGAACCAGCUCUGUACUGAACGCACAAACGUGAGGCUUGAUUUUUAAAGUUAAAUGCUCCUCAAGUCUUUAAUUUAAUCCGGGGAUUAUUAUUUUGGGACGGUGAUGAUCUUCAGUCCUCUUGAUCUGACUGCCAAGAGAAGCUUUCAAUGUUUAGUCCAGCUGAGACCUGUAGAUAGUAUUUAAAUCUGUUAUUUAUCUCGAGUGUUUCUGUCACCUCCUCCCCCUCCUGAAGGAACAAUCCUCCUCCCUGUUUUUUAAAAAGCACCACAAGCCGUUUAGUGAAACACUAAAAAUCCUCCACGUAAGACGAAGACGGUGUUUCUGUUUUAAAGCCAAACUUCUGAUGACUGAAGGGUUCAUUCCAUCACGUUUCCUAUUUAUUUUAAUCGUCAUUCCAUCCACACCACAUCUUCACCACCACCGUGUGCUUUUUGUUUUUGUACAGUUUAGUUUUUUACAGCCUCCUCCACACACCGGGCAUGUGAACCAACUCUAUACAUAUAUAAAUAUACAUUUUUCUAGACCUUUUUGUAGCUGGGAGAACAAACGGUUCGGGGCGGUUAGACCAGAUUCAGCUCACUGGAUGUGAAGGAAUGCUUUCGUGAUUUGUGGAUAUGUCUAAUAAAUUCCUUUUUUUUAUAUAUAUAUAUUUGUAAAUUUAAUCUUACAUGAGCACUGCGAUUCCCCCUCCCUGCUCUGCUGGCGAAGAAUGUUUAUAAUGUUUUUCUUUUCUUGGUCUUUUUGUUGCAUUUCAAAGUUAUUUUCGUUAAUUUAUUUUUCAGUACAAUAUUAAACCAAACUCCUACAACACA